CAUCUAUACACUGUUAAGCUUUGGACUGUAAACACAGCUUUUGCACCUUUCAUAUUCUCUGUGUUCCCAGCCUGAACGCACCUCCAUAUCCUAUUUCAGCCUGCCUUAAGUCACUCCAUGAGCACAAUGAGUGGAAAAAACAGUCCAGAGGGUGAAGAAGGAGCCGGGAGGAUGAAGAGUGAGAGCUGGGGGCAGAGCAACGCUGUGGGAGAGGUCAGGAGGGGCCAGGUGAUCCUUGCUGCCUACCUGAUCGUAACCCUGGAGCUGACCUUUCUGUUCAUGCAGUUUGGAGUCAUGCCUUACUUGGCAAAGAACCUGGGUUUGGAUUCGGUGGGGUUUGGGUACCUUCAGACAAUCUUUGGUGUCCUCCAGCUCGUGGGAGGUCCUGUUUUUGGAAGGUUUGCAGAUCAGUUUGGCAACAGAGCUGCCUUAACUCUCUCCUGUGCAUCUGCGAGUGCCUUCUUUCUGCUCCUGUCCAUCUCCACCAGCAUCCCCAUCCUCUUUCUCUCCAGGCUACCGUCAGUGUUCAUGCAUGGGCUGCCAGGUGCUCAGAAGGUCAUCACAGAUCUGACAGCUCCUUCUGAACGUGCUGCUGCCUUGGGGAGGCUGGGCCUUUGCUUUGGAGUAGGAAUCAUCAUCGGCUCUGCCCUGGGAGGGGUCAUUUCCACCAAAUUUGGGUCUGCUUGUAUGCUGGGCUGUAUUCCACCAUCUGUGAUGGUCCUGAGCACUUCCUUCACUCCUGAACUUCAUUUGAUUUCACUGAGAAGUUGCAAGCACGUUUUUGUUCCCAUGUAUUUGGGGCUGGUGGGAAGUCUCAUAAAUACCAUUAUAUCAAUAGUUUGGAUCCCCUCUCCAGCUAAGCCAAAGUCAGAACAACGUAAGACAGAAAACAGCAGUGUAUUCAGCGUCAGAGAAAUCCUACGCGUGAUGAAGUUUCCGGGAGUAAUGGAAAUCUUCUUAGUCAAGGUCCUUUCUGGACUUCCCAUAGCUCUGUUGUCUGUUUUGGAUGUGAGGAGAAAACGCUGCUGUUUGCAUGUUACCCUAACCUGGUUUGAGCUAGGAGGCGUUUCAAAGCAACAGGAUAACAGCGGGCGCUCCCCGCAAAGUGCUGCGACUGAGCCAAAAAUCUUCACAAGCAUCAGGCAUACCAGCACCUUCCCCAGACCAACGGGAAGCAGCAGGGUGAGGUGCUUUUCAUUUUGCCCAGCACCAGGUGAGUGAGGAAAGGAGCCCCAGAAACCUGCUGGACGUGGGACAGUUGGGCCAAUCAGUUUGGGUGCGCAUCCUUCCAUCCAAAGGCAGAUUUUGGGCAGGUCAGUUGAGGACACUGCAGAAAUGACCAUUUCCCCAUCAUCUCACCCACCCCUGAAGCCUUCAGUGUGAGUUUUAUCUUUUGUAGAAUUUCACUGAAAAAGUGCAUUUCCUGUCCUAAUGGUGCAUAUAUGGAAAACGGGUUGCAUUUUCUGCCCUCAAUGGGUGGAUGUGGUUGUACUUGGGGUGAAUGAAACACACUGUAGUCAGCAAUUGGAGAUGGCUCUCCCCACACUUCCAGGAAAUGCGGGUGAGAGCCUUCCUGUUCUGCGGGCUAGUGACUCACCUAGCCAGGCCACAGGCUGCUCUCAGUCCUCACUCCUUUCCUCCUGUGCUCUUCUGUCAUUACAGAGAGGACUGCAGCUCCCAGCUCACCAGUUCUGUGCACCUUGGUGGGCCCUACAAAGCAGGGCAGGAGCAGACCCCUGCAGGUCAUUGGCUCUUUCCUCCUCUCCCAGCAGCACUGGGAUGCCGACACACACAGUCCAAUUUCCUGCUGUCUGUCCACCUGAAAUGUGUUGACAGAGGCAGCAGGUGCAUACCGCGAGCCCAUUCUUUAGUGAUGCUUUGUCCCAACAACGGGAGUGGUGGGGAUGGGUAGAUGGCUGGACGAGGUGAUCUUAGUGGUCUUUUCCAAACCUUACGAUUCUAUGAAUGUUUUUGAUUUGUUGGCAAUUUGUGUAUAAUGGAGUACACAUACACAUCUCUAUGUUUGUGUAUAUUAGGUGCCGUGGGAAAUGCACACAAUUGCAUUUUUAGGUAAGACUGAGUGGGCAUUUUCCACAGCGCGCUCCAGAAACUGCCUUAAUAGACCAGCACACCUCGUGCCUGCUGUUCCUGUCCGUACUUCCCCAAUUGUUUCUGUUGACACCACUCUCAAGCCAUGGGAGUUUUCACGUGGGGCUGAAAUUGCUGCUGGGGUGUGCAGUGAAACCUUUUUGUUUAGUCUGAUGUCACCGGCUUGUUUCCCAGGCAGCAUUCCCAAUGGUGGAAAGCUAAAGUUAGGCAAAAGGGAGGAGGAAUCCAAUCAGAUUAUUCUAUGGUUACAGUCUUGUCUGAACAAAUGUUUUCUUGCUGCCUUAAUACUUAGUCUGCCGUGGGUGAUAAAAAUAUUUACUAGUUUAUUAUAAACAGCUGAACCUACAGCCUACAUAGUCACAUUAUUUCAAGAUGAAAGUAAAGGGGAUAAAAAAGUGAACAUUUAAAGACUAAAUUGCUCUACUGGCUUUGAGUAGGAUUCUGCUCCUAUUUAUAUCCAGUGCCUAUAAACCCAGGGAGAGCUCCUGACUCACGCUGGGAGCAGAGGUUGGGCCAGUGCAGUGCUGAGGGCAUACUG